CAAAUCCAAGUAGACUGCACUCGUGUGCGAUACCUUCAUUUUCGUAUUGCGCGCCACCGCAACACAUCGCGUCACGUGUUAUAAGCUUGCUGGUACGCAUUUUUGUUUUCGUUUUGGCGCUUAGUAAUAUUUGUUUGCCGGUGUUUUCAGAAGUUUUGUGUGAAUAUUAGAAAAUGGCCGCUUUUAAUGUUGUGCAAUUUGAAGAGAAAGACGGCUCCUCGGUAGCUAUUGUCCAUCGUGAGUGGUUAACGCCACGUAAAACGGAGGUCUUCUGGCCACCUCAUAAAAGAAGUGCUUCUUUCUAUAAAUGUUUACGAGAUGGAGAAACCGUGCAAUCGGACUGGAAAUUAUACAAAAUAAAAAAAAUCUUUUAUUCGUGUGAUGAUUAUGAUGAUGCAAAAGAGAAAGAGAAAUUAGCUGAAGUACAUUCAGAUUUUGAAGAUACUCAGGUUAUUCGGAAACGACCUAGAGUGCUCCCACUGCGAUUUCAAAACGAGAGUGGUGAGGAGGAGGAAACGGAGAGUCAGUUAUCACGACCCCCAAAAAUUCUAAACACAGCAAUUUACAUUUUUUUUCAGCUAUAACGAAUGCUGAUGUGUGCCAAGGGAAGUCACAGAAGUCACGGUCACCUUCUACAAUUUCCACUGUUUCAAGAAAAAACUCAUUGGAUUGUCGAGAAAGUUCAAAUUUACCUAGUACUUCCCAAAGCAAUGACAGUGUGCAGUCUCGAUGUAGUACACCUGUAACACCGUCCAGCACUUUUAGUGGGAAUCAAGUUUUUCAGAGCAGGUUUAUUGGACUAUUAUCGAGGGUAGUGGAGCAGAAUAAAGAAAUUUUACAUCUUCUUAAAAAUACAUCACAUACACCACAACAUACCCAAAACUGCCCAGAUCUACCAGUCACAUUGCCACUUUCUAAAUUUGAAGAUUUUUUAACAUUGGAAAAUUACCUUGGAGAUUCUGAUCAUCAGCAAAUUUUGUCAAAUUUCUUAUCGACUUUGGACAAAACCAGUCUGGUCUCUGCAACCAACGCUAUUUUGAAAUAUUGCGUAUCAUUUAGAUUAGCAAAAGAAUUCAGCUACCUUGGAACUCGAAACAAUAAAAAACCUUUCAGUGUGCAUAUUCUCAAAAAAGUUAUCGUUGAUGCAGUGAAAGUGGCUGUCCCAUCAUCCACCAGGCAAAUUGAGGAUCAAAUAAAAAUAUGGCUGAAACGUUCACCUAAAAGCCAUGCCUUAGAAGUGGAAAAACAGAAAAAACAUGAGUUCCAAGAUAGUGGGGAAGAGGCAGUUUUAUAGGAAGUUAAACAAACAAAAAGAACAACUGUUACAUAUGUUAAAUGGCGGUAUUGAUGCCCAAAUUGUAAGUACAAGUUCUGGUUGCAAUACACUUUUACGUUUUGAUAUAAGCAGCAUUACUGAUAUAGAGGGUGUCUUAGAUUCGUAUGAGCCAUUUCCACACAUGAGCAUUUCCGAUGAUGAGCAAGAUAGUUUAAAUGAACAUGUAGAUGUUCCCAAUUUUUGUAAUUCUAGUGCUUGUGAUCAAAGUUUAGCUACUAAUUUAGAUCAGACAAUCAAUGAAAAUGAGAAACAAAUGGAUAUAGCUAUUAAUUCUGUUUCAUUAUCAACAAAAUUGAAACAGUGGGCUAUAACUUCUGGUGUGACACACUCUACUGUUACAAAUCUGCUUCAUAUUCUUUCCCCUUACCAUGCCGAGUUGCCACUAGAUUGCCGAACAUUAUUGAAAACUCCCACUAAAACUAACAUUAUUCAAUUAGAAACAGGAAGUUAUUGUCAUAUAGGUCUUCAAAAAGGUAUCACACAUUUUCUUUUAACUAAUUCACAAUUUAUUGGUGAUGAGCUUCAGAUUGGUUUCAAUAUAGACGGUAUACCAUUAUAUAAAAGUAAGAAUUCUCAGUUAUGGCCAAUCUUGGGGCAAAUAAAAAAUAGUAAUUCCUCGCCAUUUCCGAUAGGAGUUUUUUAUGGUAAUGCAAAACCACAGCCCCUACAAUUGUUUUUGAAGGAUUUAAUAAAUGAAUUAAACAUCCUUAUGAUAGAAGGUAUUACUGUUAUGGGAAAAUCUUAUCGUGUUAAGAUUUUUGCUUUUAUGUGUGAUAGUCCCGCAAGAGCUUUUCUUAAGUGUAUUAAAUAUCAUAGUGGAUAUUCCUCUUGCGAAAAGUGCAUUGAGGUUGGAAAUUAUGUUGAUGGUAGAGUGGUGUUUCUAUCUACUUCCGCCCCUAAAAGAACAGACCACAGUUUCAAAAAUCAAACUGACGAAGACCACCAUACUGGUAUUUCUCCUUUAAUUGAGAUACAACUAGGCAUGGUAAGCCAAUUCCCCAUAGAUUAUAUGCAUAACAUAUGCCUUGGGGUAGUUAAAAAGUUACUUACUUUGUGGCUAAAUGGUCCAUUGCAAUUUAGAUUGCAAAACAGACUGGUUCAAAAUAUAUCACAGUUAUUAGAGUCAUUUGCAAAAUGUACUCCUAUUGAAUUUAAUCGAAAACCACGCAGCUUGGUUGAAUUGGCGAGAUGGAAAGCCACUGAAUUUCGAUCCUUUUUAUUAUACUUUGGACCAGUCGUGCUUAAAAGUAAAGUGGACUUAGCCAUUUAUGAGCAUUUCCUUUUAUUACAUUCAGCAAUAACUAUACUAAUCUCCAUUACUCAUUUAAAUCAACUUGGUUUAGAUUUACCUGAAGAGAUGUUAAAUACAUUUGUCAAUCACUCGAAUGUUUUAUAUGGUCCCUCUUUUUUAAUAUACAAUGUUCACUAUCUUUCUCAUCUUACGCAUGAUGUUCGGACAUAUGGAGUGUUGGAUAAUUUUUCAUGUUUUCCAUUUGAAACAUAUCUGUACCAGUUAAAGCGUUUGGUAAAAUCUACUGUUAAUCCCUUAGUAGAAAUUCAUAAUCGCCUUAUUGAAAAGAGUUCGUGCGCUGCAGCAAGUGAUUUUAUGUCAGAGGGUUUGCAACUUAAGUACCCACAUACUUGUGGCCCAGUUAUUAAUUUAGAAAAUCAUGAUCUACAGUAUAAAAAAUUGCACUACAAUAAUACAAUUUUUACAAUUUAUCCAUACUCCAAGGCUGAUUGCUACUGUCUAAUCGAGGGUUCAGUAGUGGAAAUUCAUAACAUAAUUAUGAAUCACAACAAACAAAUAGUUAUUGUGGGGAAAAAAUUUAAAUCUCAAUGCUCUCUAUACAGUUAUCCUUUUGAUUCAAAAGUACUGGAUAUAUAUUUAGUUUCAGAAAUAUCCAAGAAGUGUGUUGCUUUCAUUUUGUCCAAAAAACUUACUAAAUGUAUGCUUUUACCAACUAUAAACAAUUGCUGGGCAUCAAUACCAAUCAUACAUUCUGUAUAGCACUUUUAUUUGAAAUAUUCUUUUGUUUUAUAGUUACCCAUUAUGUUUCAUUUUUAUGUUUUUGUUCUCAAAUAAAAUGUAUUCUUUCCAUGUUGAAGGUCUAUUCUGUUAUUGGAUAAAAAGUGUACCUCAAAUCCGCGUUGAAAUACG